UCUUCUCAACCAAGUCUCUCUCUCUAAAAUAAAAUGGCCUCUUGUCUCCCUUUUCCAACAUUACCAACCUCAUGCCAUUGAAUCUCCCUCUUGGACCUCACCUUAUCCCUCCUCUUCAUUUGUCCAGCUCGAUACUUCUUUCCAUUCAAUCCCCCUCGCCCCUUGUAUUCUUAUCUCCUCUGAUCUCUCUCACUUUCAUUUCUGCCGUUAUGUCAACACUCCAAAAGACCCUCCUCAGAUCUCCAACACCACAAAGCUCAUCUUAAGCUCCUAUCACCACCACCACUUCAAUCCAUCUUAACUUAUUUUUCUUUUCCUUCCAUUAGAAUCAAUUCUCUCUCCCCAUCACCACCUCCAAUGGAUCCAACUCUUAGGCCUCCCCUCACAAGCCAACCCCCACCACCCCCACCCUCCACCUCCUCCUCAUCGUACACCAGCUUCCCCAUCUUGGUCAUCACCAUCCUCGGCAUCCUCACCACCGCCAUCCUCCUCCUCAGCUACUACAUCUUCGCCAUCAAGUGCCGCCUCAACUUGCGCCGUGCCGACCUCGUGCGCCGCCUCUACUUCGCCCGGUCCCGACGCCACCAAUUCCACAUGCCUCCAAUCAUCAACACCACCACCGCACCCGAAUUUCGCGGCCUCGACCCAUCCACCGUCCGCUCCAUCCCCAUCAUCAAAUUCAGAAAAGCCGGCGGCGACGCCGAAGCCGAGAGGAGGACCUCCUUCAACGAGUGCGCCGUGUGCUUGAAUGAGUUCCAAGAGGAGGAGAAGCUCAGGCUCCUCCCCAGCUGCUCCCAUGCCUUCCACAUCGACUGCAUUGACAUCUGGCUCCAGUUCAAUGCCAACUGCCCACUAUGUAGGUCAGACAUCACCGGCCCAAUACCAAUUCCAUCCCAACAAUUCAUGGUCCAACCUCCUGAUCAAGUGAUGAAUGGAAGCAUAGUUAUAGAAGUGAGAGGAGAUGAAAGUGGUGCCCAGACUCCAAGAAUGGAAGCUCCGAAUCCUUCGCCGAGGUCCGGGCAGGGGAAGAAGGGGAGAAAGUUGCACAAAAUGGGGAGCAUGGGGGAUGAGUGCAUCAAUGUGAGGGGGAAGGACGAGCGGUUCUGCGUUCAGCCCAUAAGGAGGUCAUUCUCCAUGGAUUCCUCCAAUGAUAGGCAGCUCUAUCUUUCAGUUCAGGAGUUACUGAGGCACAAUCCGCAGUGUUUUCAAGAGGCAGGAGGGAGUGGAGAAGAAGAAGCGAGCAGCAGCAGCAGCAGCAGCAGCAGUGGUGGUGGUGGUUGCGGCAGAGUCCGGCGGUCGUUCUUCUCAUUCGGACAACGGAGCUCAAGAACUGCUAUUCUUCCAUUCCAUGUUGAUCAAUGAUCCUUAGGCUUUUUUUUUUUUUCCUUAUUCUUGGUUGGAUGAUGGAUGUUGAAACUGGUGGAGGAGGAUGGAAAAGGUUGUGAUACAAAGAUAGGGUUUGAUUAGGGAGUGUAAAUGAGAUUGGGUAGCUUCAGAGUGGGAUUGGUGUUGUUUUGUUUGUGUGAUAAGAGGCAUCAUUACUGUAAUCAUAGAAAGUGUUCUAAGCUGUCCUUUCAGCACUUUUCUUUUGACUGUUUGUGUGUUUGUGAUACAAUUUUGACUCUCACAAGUCACAAGGAAAAGGUACUUUGUGCGUGA